AUGGUGAAAUUUUCAAAUUUAAUAGGCACUCUGUUCAGUAAAAGUGCAGCAUCGAAGCUAGAGACCGAUGCUGCUCCAUUGCCGCCCCGACGAAAGGCCGAUGCGUACGGGGACGAAACUAUGGCUCACACCAACACUCCUGCUGCUGCUGCUGCUACGCAAAAUGGGAAUUUCCCAAAUGGUGUGCAGGUUGUGCCAGGAAUGGAAAACUUAGCACUUGUUCCGGGCGGAUCGUCACAGUCGUUAGAACCAGUUGCGGGGGAGCAUCACACAGCGACACCGCAGACGGUGGUGAACAAUGUGCAGCACAACACGCUCACAGCCCCCCAAACCUCCAUCUCCAACACAACUGGAAUGCAGGUGUAUCAGAUAAGGAACGCGAGCAAUCUACACAUCGGAAACAGCUACACGUUUAAUACUGCGGCCGUGGUGGACGAAGGUGCUUCCACGAGCGGAUCGUUGCCGGGUGCCGGAUCCGCCGUGAAGUGGGCCAACUUGCGACUGUCGAACACUAUUUCGCAAAUGAUGCAGAGCCAGGACGAGGUGGACACGGAGCUGCUUGAUACGGUGUCGCGCCACUUGGGCUAUGAAUGGAAAAGCUUCGCCCGUAGGCUUGAAUACUCGGAGGGGCAAAUCGAUGCCUUUGAAGCGGACAACUCCACACUGGCUGAGCAAAUAUACAGCUUUAUGUUAGACUGGACCCGCAACGAUGAUGAUCCUACACUUGGCCGUCUUGUGACGUUGUUGUGGAACAACAAACACAAGGAAACAGUAUACUACAUUAAACAGGUGUGGAAAAAACGAAAAGAAGAUAAAAAUUCUCCCGAGCGGAGUAGUUAGCAUAAUCGCAUACCUCUAUAGUGAAACGCAUUAUACACGGGUGUGUACCGAACAUACCCGAUACCUUUUCUUAUUCUCAUCAGUGGAUAUUGUGAUAUCGAACGUUAGAAAUGCUCGAAACAAAUUCAGAAGUGCCUUUUAACAAAUGAAACACAUUUGUCACAUUCCCACAUAUGAUAUAAAGUACAACUAGAAUGUAGGGAAAGCGAAACAUUUAUAAAACAAUCAUACCAAGUAUCUUGUAAAUAAAGUAUUUUAAAAUAGAA